AGUAGCAAUAAUAAAUGAAUGUCACAUGUGUUUUUAGGAGUACUAAAUUGCUUUAACAGUACAUGUCAUCAUGUCAAUCUGAUGAAUGAAUAUUUUUCUUCAUACACAAUCAUUUCCUUUUCUUUCAUCAUUUUUCUUCUUUUGUUUAUAUCUUCCUUUCUGGGUUUUUCAUCUCAAUCCUUUCUCUUCAACAAAGUUCCAAUUUUUAAUCUCAACUCACCAACCCUUUUCAAUGCUCAAACCUUCUUCAAAACUAGCAACAACAAAAAGGUUUCAACUUUAAUUUUGGGUCUGUCAAUUUCUUCAAAGCAUGAUCUUGGGUUUUUGUUUUAUUUUUCUUUUCUUCUUCAAGCUCUUCUAUCACCUACUUUGAUCUAAAUAUCUGAUUUUUCUCUUUUUUUUUCUAUUCAAUAUAGUUUUUUUGUUCUUCAUGUUUUUGUUUUUUUUGAGUAGUUUUGAUUGGGGACUUUGUGAAACUUGAAAAAGUUUAGUUUUUGCUUGUUGGGUCUUGAAAAAAUUUAGAUUUUGCUUGUUGGGUCUUGAAAAAGUUUAGUUUUUGCUUGUUGGGUCUUGUCUAUUUGAGUUUUUACUUGAGAUAUGCAUGUUGGGAUUUUGAGCUAUUUAGAAGAAAAUGGCUUUAGAGGAAAUUCAUUGUUGGAGUUUAGGAGAAAUUAUUGGAUCCUUUAUUGACCUUUUUCUAGCUUAUGUAUUACUAUGUGGAGCAACUAUUGCUUUCUUUGCUUCCAAUUUGUUUAGGUUUUUUGGACUUCUUUUGCUAUGUCCUUGUAAAGGGAUUUGUGGUUAUAGGAAUAGCAAAUAUUGUUUUCAUAAGGUAUUGUUUGAAUGGCCUUUAAAGAAGAUAUGUUCCAUUCAAGUAAUGGCGGCGCAAAGGUUUCCUUUUGAUUUGGUUUGGGUGAAGAAGGGUCAUUCUUUAGACAAUACCAAUGACAACAAAAAUGUUGUUGAUGUUAAUGAGAAAAUAUGUUAUAAUAAUGAUGGGAUUGUCGAAUUGGAAGAUGAGAGUUCGUGUUCAGGUCCGCGUUUGCUUUCGUUAAUAGAUAGGGAAAGCGUGUGUGAUGCUAAGGGAAAGAGGAUCGUGAGUUUGAAACGUAGGUCUGGAUUUCGGCGUAAGAAGAGGGGUAGUUAUGAUUGUGGAAAGAAUGAUUCGGUUAUUCGUUGUGAUAAUUUCCAAUCUGAUGUUGCAUUCACUUCAUGCUUGCCUUGUGAUGGAAGCAGUAGUAUAACUAAAGAUAGAUCCAGUCAGAGGUUAAAUCCUGCUUCAGCGAAAGAAGUUAGUGUGCACUACAAUGAAGAUGACCGAACUUGCCAUGACAUGGACGAAAAAACCUGUCACAGUUAUGAAUUUAUUGCAUCGAUGGUUGAUAGUCCGCGACAGGAAAUAUAUUCAUCCUUUUUGGAGCACUACACAAGUACUGCACAAGCCAAUGUUCAGAUUGUUGGAAAUGAAGACAAGCGUAUCAAGAUGUUGGAAAAUGCGCUCGAAGAAGAGAAAGCUGCUUAUGCUUCUCUUUAUCUAGAGCUAGAGAAGGAGAGAGCUGCAGCUGCUUCUGCUGCUGAUGAAGCCAUGGCUAUGAUAUCACGUCUGCAAGAGGAGAAAGCGUCGAUGGAAAUGGAAAUGAGACAAUACGAGAGGAUAAUUGAAGAAAGAGUUGCUUAUGAUGAAGAAGAGAUGAAUAUUAUGCAAGAGAUUCUUAUAAGAAGGGAAAAGGAGAAUUUCUUUUUGGAAAAGGAACUUGAAAGUUAUAGGCAAAUGGGUCUGACAGAAAGUUACGAGUCAAAUUCGAAGUCGGCGGAGGUGCGGCUUAAUGAAUGGAAAUUAAAGUCACCGCUUUCAUUUGAAACAUAUGAUGAGCCACCACGAACAGAAAGCGCCGUAUCGAAUGUUAAGAAAGAGCAGGAGAAAAACAACGAACACAAGGGUCAAGUGUGUUAUGAUACUGAGUCUGAUGUUCUUGACGUCCAUGUAAUUGAUGACAACACAAAACAUACAGAAAAGGAAAUUGAAAAUUUAAUUAGCUCUUCGUAUAGUACUCUUUCAGAUAAACCGACAAAUACACUCCUUGAUUUUGGAAGUUGUCCAUGCACGAGCAAUACCGAGAGUGAUAACAAUAUCAAGGACUCAAAAUGCAAAUCUCUGCCUUUCGAUUCUGAUAGUGAUUCGUUGUUUUCGGUUCAUAAUGAAAAGGUAAGGAUUGACAAUGAGAUUGAAAUUCUUGGAGAAAGACUGAGGACGGUGCAACAUGAAAAAGAAAAAUUGACUUUGUUUGCAGAGAAAGGAGAAAAUGAAAAAGGUCAGUUGAAGCUUUUGGAGGAGAUAGCAAACCGUCUUCAACAAAUUAAACACUUAAGGAACCCUUCACGCGGGGCAUCCUUGCCACCGUCAUGGCCUAAGGUGAGCGAUCGGAAAAGACGCUGUCAAAGUGUGUCUUGGGAGACAUGUGAAAGCUGCUAAAUCAUGUAGAAGUUUUUUUUAAUUGUCACGAGGUUUGUGCCUUGGUCUUCAUAGCCAAUCAUUCUUGGCAACUUGUAAAUCACCUGUCAAAUACCUCUUGUAGUCCCUAGAAUUCAUCACUCCUUCCUUGACCUUGUUGUAUAUUUGAGAACAUUUUUAGUAUUGUAAAUGGAUGUUGUGUCAUCAUA